AUGAUCGUUAGAACUUACGGCCGGCGAAACCGAGGUGGAGGAAACCUAACGAGAACGUAUUCAGAUUCAUUAAACGACACCGUAUCUGACCAGAAUUACUCCUUCAGUGAUUCAUUUUCUCUCUCUCAAGAAACCCCAUCUAAUCAGGAUUUCUUCAGCAAUAACUUCCCUUUCUCUUCUCAAGAAUCCACCUCAUAUUCUCUCGAUCUCGAUCCCUACAGUUUCGACGACAAUCCCGUCCCAAACGGUGUCGUUCCAAGAAAAUCGAAGAAGGCAAGACAUAGUAAGUCCAAAUUUGAGAGACCUGGAAAGAUUGGGAAUUCAAAUUUUUUGACUACUUCGACGACGUUGAUGGAGGCGCAAGAGUUUGGGGAAAUGAUGGAGCAUGUUGAUGAGGUUAAUUUUGCACUUGAUGGGUUAAAGAAAGGACAGCCUUUGAGGAUUAAGAGAGCUAGUUUGUUGUCUUUGUUAGGGAUUUGCGGGACUCAACAGCAGAGACGGCUUUUGAGGACUCAGGGGAUGGCCAAGACAAUAAUUGAUGCUAUUUUAGGCCUCAGCUUUGAUGACUCAACAAGUAAUCUGGCUGCUGCUGCACUCUUCUAUGUUUUGACUAGUGACGGUCAAGAUGAACACAUUUUAGAGUCACCAACUUGCAUUCGUUUUCUUAUUAAAUUGUUAAAACCCAUCAUUUCCACUGCUACUGAAGAUAAGGCUCGAAAUAUAGGCAGUAAGCUUUUAGCAUUACGCAAGGAUUCUGACAUCUUACGAGAUACAAGUAAGCUGGCAGAUUCUAGCUCUGCUGCUAUUGCUGCCAAAGUUCAAGAAGUUCUUGUUAAUUGCAAGGACUUGAAGUCAGGUUGCGGUGAUGAUAGUAGAAUGGAGAGGCCAGAAUUGACUCCAAAAUGGAUUGCGUUGUUGUCCAUGGAGAAAGCUUGUUUAUCUAAGAUAUCUUUUGAAGAUACAUCUGGCAUGGUAAGGAAGACAGGGGGCAACUUUAAGGAGAAGUUACGGGAGCUUGGAGGACUUGAUGCUGUCUUUGAGGUCACCAUGAAUUGUCACACUGUUAUGGAGAGGUGGACAGAACAUAAUUCACGUGCCAUUCAGGAUUCAAAAGAUGAUAUGCAUCUGUCGAGCCUGGUGCUGCUUCUGAAAUGCUUGAAAAUUAUGGAAAAUGCUACAUUCUUAAGUAAAGAUAACCAGACUCAUUUGCUUGGAAUGAGGAGGAACUCAGAUUCUCACGCGCAUCGGCUAUCUUUUACUAAAAUCAUUAUAAGUGUCAUCAAAAUUCUAUCCAGUCUUCAUCUGCUUAACAGUUCUGCCGCUGCUUCCAGUGAUGGAAACCAUUGUAAUCUUUCUGAAAGGAGUGAUAAUGCUUCUGAUUUGGCCUUAAGUAAUGACUACAGAGUAGACAGCAAUGGAGUUAUAUGUAUCAGUUCUUCUACUGAUUGCUGCAAUGACGAGAGGACAUCAUCUGAAAAAAGAUUAAAUGUAUCUCAGAAUUCUGUUGCUCGGUUGAGUCUUUCUGCCUCCAGUUCUGAAACUACCACACCAUUUAUGAAAAAUACUUGUCAACUGAACUUGAGAGUCCGUCCUUCCAUGUCCAGCUCAUGUAGUGAGACCUUAAGGAGUCAUGAUAGUAAUGGGUCAAGAACCAAAGUUGGCCUUGUUGAGAAACCUAAUUGUACAAAAGAUGCCAGGAGAGAGCUCUUAGACGAUAGCCAAGAUCCUUAUGCAUUUGAUGAAGAUGAUUUUCAGCCCUCCAAGUGGGACUUGCUCUCUGGGAAAAGGAAAAUCUCUCGAACUCGUAUUGGUAGGGUAGGCUCCAGAGAAGUUGAAAAUGGGUGUCAAUAUAACCUAAUGAAUCAGGAAGAAUCAAGUAAUGGCGAAAAUUGCCUACAAAAAUCAAGUAAUAGUGAACACUGCCUACAAAAAUCAAGUAAUAGGGGACAAUAUCAUUCACAGAAAAGCUCUUAUUGCAGUGUUCUUGAUGAAGAACAUUCCAGCCUUCUGGCAGACUGUCUUCUUACUGCUAUCAAGGUUCUAAUGAAUUUAACAAAUGACAAUCCUAUUGGCUGUCAACAAAUUGCUGCUUGUGGAGGACUGGAGACUAUGCCUUCGUUGAUUGCUGGCCACUUCCCCUUGUUCAGCUCAUCUAUAUCUUUCUUUCGUGAGACGCAAGAGGACAGUUCAACCAUUGAACUCGGAAAUCAGAAGGAUAUACAUUUCACUGACCAGGAGUUGGAUUUGCUUGUUGCUAUAUUGGGCCUACUUGUGAACUUGGUAGAAAAGGACGGGGAUAACAGAUCAAGGCUUGCUGCAACAAGUGUUCCACUGUCAAGCUCAGAAGGGUUGGAAGAUGAGAGUCGUAAGGAUGUAAUUCCACUACUGUGCUCCAUCUUCCUAGCCAACCAAGGUGCUGGUGAUGCAGCUGGAGAAGGAAACAAUGUGUCAUGGAACGAUGAGGCAGCUGUAUUACAAGGAGAGAGAGAAGCAGAGAAGAUGAUUGUCGAAGCUUAUUCAGCACUGCUACUUGCAUUCCUAUCAACUGAAAGCAAGAGCAUCCGUGAUUCCAUUGCUGAUUGCCUGCCGAAUCACAACCUGGCUAUCCUUGUUCCUGUGUUGGAGAGAUUUGUGGCAUUUCACUUGACCUUAAACAUGAUAUCACCGGAGACUCAUAAAGCUGUGAGCGAAGUGAUCGAAUCAUGUAGAAUUCGAUGA